GAACCCUCUAACACACAAUUUAAUCUGGGAGAGGAAGACAAGUGAGUUGCCACCAUGAGUACCGACGCAGAGAUGGCUUCUUAUGGCAAAGCCAGUGUAUACCUCCGUAAGCCUGAGAAGGAGAGGAUUGAGGCCCAAAGCCAGCCCUUCGAUGCAAAGAAUGCCUGCUAUGUGACCGAUGUUAAGGAGCUGUACCUCAAGGGUACCAUUGUUGGCAGAGAAGGGGGAAAGGUCCAAGUGAAAGUCCUUGACACUGGGGAGACUAAUGACUUCAAAGAAGCUGAUGUCUUCGAAAUGAACCCUCCAAAGUUUGACAUGAUUGAGGACAUGGCCAUGAUGACCUACCUCAAUGAAGCCACUGUCCUGUAUAACCUCAAAGAGCGUUAUGCAGCAUGGAUGAUCUACACCUACUCUGGGCUCUUCUGUGCCACGGUGAAUCCCUACAAGUGGCUCCCUGUGUAUGACGAAGAGGUUGUUAACGCUUACAGAGGAAAGAAGCGCAUGGAGGCUCCACCCCAUAUCUUCUCUGUCUCUGACAGGGCCUAUCAGUUCAUGUUGACGGAUAGGGAGAACCAGUCUAUCCUGAUUACUGGAGAAUCUGGUGCAGGAAAGACUGUCAACACCAAGCGUGUCAUCCAAUACUUUGCCACCAUUGCUGUGUCUGGAGGAGAAAGAAAGAGGGCGGCAGAACCCGGCAAAAUGCAGGGGUCUCUUGAAGAUCAGAUUAUUGCUGCCAACCCUCUGCUGGAGGCUUACGGUAAUGCCAAGACAGUUCGGAAUGACAACUCUUCUCGUUUUGGUAAAUUCAUCAGGAUUCACUUCCACAGUAAUGGCAAGCUGUCUAGUGCUGACAUUGAGACCUACCUGCUGGAGAAGUCCAGAGUGACCUUCCAGCUGCCCGAUGAGAGAAGCUACCACAUAUUCUACCAGAUGAUGACCAACCACAAGCCUGAGCUGAUUGAAAUGACGCUCAUCACCACCAACCCCUACGACUUCCCCAUGAUCAGCCAGGGGCAGAUAAAAGUGGCCUCUAUCGAUGACAAAGAGGAGCUGGAUGCCACAGAUGCCGCCAUUGACAUCCUGGGCUUCACCAAUGAUGAGAAGAUAGGCAUCUACAAGCUGACCGGCGCUGUCAUGCACCACGGCAACUUACGUUUCAAGCAGAAGCAGCGUGAGGAGCAGGCCGAGCCAGACGGCACAGAGGUAGCUGAUAAAAUCGGUUACCUCUUGGGUCUGAACUCAGCUGACAUGCUAAAACUUCUGUGCUACCCCAGAGUGAAGGUUGGCAAUGAGUUUGUGACCAAGGGACAGACCGUGCCUCAGGUGUAUAACUCUGUGAGCGCUCUGGCCAAGUCCAUCUAUGAGCGGAUGUUCUUGUGGAUGGUGAUCCGUAUCAACCAGAUGUUGGACACCAAGCAACAAAGGAACUUCUACAUCGGUGUGCUCGACAUUGCUGGGUUUGAGAUCUUUGAUUUCAACACCAUGGAGCAGCUGUGUAUCAACUUCACCAAUGAGAAACUGCAACAGUUCUUCAACCACCACAUGUUUGUCCUGGAGCAAGAGGAGUACAAGAAGGAGGGAAUCAUCUGGGAGUUCAUUGAUUUCGGCAUGGACUUGGCUGCCUGCAUUGAGCUUAUUGAGAAGCCAAUGGGCAUCUUCUCCAUCCUUGAAGAGGAGUGCAUGUUCCCCAAGGCUUCAGACACUUCCUUCAAGAACAAGCUGUAUGACCAGCAUAUGGGCAAGAAAAAGACUUUCCAGAAGCCCAAGCCUGCCAAGGGAAAGGCUGAGGCCCACUUCUCCUUGGUGCACUACGCUGGUAUUGUGGACUAUAACAUCUGUGGCUGGCUGGACAAGAAUAAGGACCCCCUGAAUGACUCAGUGGUGCAGCUCUACCAGAAGUCUUCAGUCAAACUGCUGGUUCUUAUCUACGUUGAUUCUCCAGCUGAAGAUAGAGCAUCCAAGAAGGGAGGCAAGAAAAAGGGAGGCUCCAUGCAGACAGUGUCUUCCCAGUUCAGGGAGAACUUGGGCAAGCUGAUGACCAACUUGAGGAGCACUCACCCUCACUUUGUGCGCUGUCUGAUCCCCAAUGAGUCAAAGACUCCAGGUCUGAUGGAGAACUUCCUGGUUAUCCACCAGCUAAGGUGUAACGGUGUACUGGAAGGUAUCAGGAUCUGUAGAAAGGGGUUCCCCAGCAGAAUCCCCUACGGUGACUUCAAGCAGAGGUACAAAGUACUGAAUCCCAGUGUUAUCCCAGAAGGAACAUUUAUGGACAACAAGAAGGCUUCUGAGAAUCUGCUUGGGUCAAUGAAUGUGGCGCACGAGCAGUACAAGUUUGGACACACCAAGGUGUUCUUCAAAGCUGGUCUGCUGGGUGUCCUGGAGGAGAUGCGAGACGAGAGACUGGCCUCUCUGGUCUGCAUGAUACAGUCUCUGUGUCGUGGGUUCGCCAUGAGGAAGGAGUUUGUGAAGAUGAUGGAGCGGAGAGAGGCUGUCUUCACCAUCAAAUACAACAUUCGCUCAUUCAUGAAUGUUAAACACUGGCCAUGGAUGAAGGUGUAUUACAAGAUCAAGCCACUGCUGAAGAGUGCUGAGACUGAGAAGGAGCUAGCCAACAUGAAGGAGGACAUUGAGAAGUGCAAAAUCGCCCUGACCAAGGCUGAGGCCCGCAAGACAGAGCUUGAGGAGAAGAUGGUGACCGUUCUGCAGGAGAGAAAUGACCUGACGCUCCAAGUUGCAUCUGAAUCAGAGAAUCUGACUGAUGCUGAGGAGAGGUGCGAGGGGCUGAUCAAGAGCAAGAUCCAGCUGGAGGCCAAACUCAAAGAGAUGACCGAAAGGCUGGAGGAUGAGGAGGAGAUGAAUGCUGAGCUGACCUCCAAGAAGAGGAAGCUGGAGGAUGAGUGUUUGGAGUUGAAGAAGGACAUUGAUGACCUGGAGCUCACCCUGGCCAAAGUGGAGAAGGAGAAACACGCCACUGAAAACAAGGUCAAAAAUCUGACUGAGGAGAUGGCCUCUCAAGAUGAGAGCAUUGCCAAGCUGACCAAGGAGAAGAAAGCCCUCCAAGAGGCCCAACAGCAGACACUGGACGACCUGCAGGCAGAGGAGGACAAAGUCAACACUCUGACCAAGGCCAAGGCCAAGCUGGAACAGCAAGUUGAUGACCUUGAGGCUUCUCUGGAGCAAGAGAAGAGGCUCCGUAUGGACUUUGAGAGAGCCAAGAGAAAGCUGGAGGGAGACCUGAAACUAGCCCAGGAAUCCAUAAUGGACCUGGAGAAUGAUAAGCAGCAGUCUGAAGAAAAGAUCAAAAAGAAGGACUUUGAGACCAGCCAGCUCCUCAGCAUGAUUGAGGAUGAGCAGUCUCUGGGUGGUCAGCUGCAGAAGAAAAUCAAGGAACUCCAGGCUCGUAUUGAGGAGAUGGAGGAGGAUAUUGAGGCUGAGCAUUCUGCCAGGGCAAAGGUUGAGAAGCAGAGGGCCGAUCUCUCCAGGGAACUUGAGGAGAUCAGUGAUAGGCUGGAGGAAGCUGGAGGAGCCACUGCUGCUCAGAUUGAGAUGAACAAGAAGCGCGAGGCUGAGUUCCAGAAACUGAGACGCGACCUCGAGGAGUCGACCCUGCAGCACGAGGCCACAGCCGCAGUCCUGAGGAAGAAGCAAGCUGACAGUGUGGCGGAGCUCGGAGAGCAGAUCGACAACCUGCAGCGCGUUAAGCAGAAACUGGAGAAGGAGAAGAGCGAGUACAAGAUGGAGAUAGAUGACCUCUCCAGCAACAUGGAGGCUGUCACCAAGACUAAGGGCAAUCUGGAGAAGAUGUGCCGUACUAUUGAGGAUCAGCUGAGUGAGCUCAAGACUGGGAACGAUGAGAACCUUCGCCAGAUCAAUGACAUCAGUGGACAUAGGGCCAGACUCCUGACUGAGAACGGUGAGUUUGGACGCCAGCUGGAAGAGAAGGGAGCUCUGGUGUUUCAGCUGACCAGAGGCAAGCAGGCCUUCACACAGCAGGUGGAGGAGCUAAAGAGGCAGAUUGAGGAGGAGGUCAAAGCUAAGAAUUCCCUGGCCCAUGGUGUCCAGUCUGCCCGCCAUGACUGUAACCUUCUGAGGGAGCAGUUUGAGUUGGAGCAAGAGGCCAAGGCAGAACUGCAACGCUGCAUGUCUAAGGCCAACAGCGAGGUGGCUCAGUGGAGGACCAAGUAUGAGACGGAUGCCAUCCAGCGCACAGAGGAGCUUGAGGAGGCCAAGAAGAAGCUGGCGCAGCGUCUGCAGGACGCUGAGGAAAUGAUUGAGGCAACCAACUCAAAGUGUGCUUCACUGGAGAAGACCAAGCAAAGGCUGCUGGGAGAGGUGGAGGACAUCAUGAUUGAUGUAGAGAGGGCCAACGCUAUGGCUGGCAACCUUGAUAAGAAGCAGAGGAACUUUGACAAGGUUCUGGCUGAGUGGAAGCAGAAGUAUGAGGUGGGCCAGGCUGAACUGGAAGGCGCUCAGAAGGAGGCUCGUUCUAUGAGCACAGAGCUCUUCAAGAUGAAGAACUCCUAUGAGGAGGCUCUGGAUCAGCUGGAGACUCUGAAGAGAGAGAACAAGAACCUCCAACAAGAGAUCUCUGACCUGACUGAACAGAUCGGAGAGACAAGCAAGAGCAUCCAUGAGCUGGAAAAGGCCAAGAAGACUGUGGAGAUGGAGAAUUCUGAGAUCCAGACCGCUCUGGAGGAGGCUGAAGGAACACUGGAGCACGAGGAAUCCAAGAUUCUGCGUGUGCAGCUGGAGCUGAACCAGAUCAAGGGUGAGGUGGACAGGAAGCUGGCAGAGAAGGACGAGGAGAUGGAGCAGAUCAAGAAGAACAGCCAGCGGAUUAUAGAAUCCAUGCAGAACACACUGGACUCUGAGGUCCGCAGCAGGAGCGAUGCCCUGAGGGUGAAGAAGAAGAUGGAUGGAGACCUGAAUGAGAUGGAGAUGCAGCUGAGCCACGCCAAUAGACAGGCCACUGAGGCCACGAAACAGCUGAGAAAUGUCCAGGGACAACUUAAGGAUGCCCAAAUUCUCCUUGAUGACGCUGUCCGUGAGUCAGAAGACAUGAAGGAGCAGGCCGCCAUGGUGGAACGCAGGAACGGUCUGAUGAUGACAGAGAUUGAGGAGCUGAGGGCUGCUCUGGAGCAGACUGAGAGAGGCCGCAAAGUGGCUGAGCAAGAGCUGGUGGACGCCAGUGAGCGUGUGGGACUGCUCCACUCUCAGAACAUCAACCUUCUGAACACUAAGAAGAAGCUGGAGUCUGACCUGGUGCAGGUGCAAGGAGAGGUGGAUGACAUCAUCCACGAGGCCAGAAACGCAGAAGAGAAGGCCAAGAAGGCCAUCACUGAUGCGGCCAUGAUGGCUGAGGAGCUGAAGAAGGAGCAGGACACCAGUUCUCACCUGGAGAGGAUGAAGAAGAACCUGGAGGUCACAGUCAAAGACCUGCAGCACCGUCUGGAUGAGGCUGAGAAUCUGGCCAUGAAGGGAGGCAAGAAGCAGCUCCAGAAACUGGAGACCAGGGUACGUGAGCUGGAGGCUGAGGUGGAGUCCGAGCAGAGAAGAGGUGUAGACGCAGUUAAGGGAGUCCGCAAGUACGAGCGCAGAGUCAAGGAGCUCACAUACCAAACUGAGGAGGACAAUAAGAAUAUUAUCAGACUUCAGGAUCUAGUAGAAAAGCUGCAGCUUAAGGUGAAGGCCUACAAGAGGCAGGCUGAGGAAGUGGAGGAACAAGCCAACCAGCACAUGUCUAAGUUCCGUAAGGUUCAGCAUGAGCUGGAGGAGGCUGAGGAACGCGCUGACAUUGCAGAGUCCCAGGUCAACAAGCUCAGAAUCAAGAGCCGUGACUCCGGAAAGGCCAAAGAAGAGUAAACCUAUUUUAUUUUAAAUAGAGAACUUGGACUGAACAAUUCUUAAGACAGCCUUACAUUAUUCUAGCUACUACAAGGCAGAGAAACCAGGCCAGAGGCUGGGUGGUCAGUGGAGGUACUGGUUUUUCAUUAUUUUUUCUCUUUGUCAUUUGGUUUUUGUGUUUUGUUGUCCAUUUUGUUUUGAUGCGUGUUGUUGUGGUUGUCUUGUGUGAAAAAGGGGUAGACCACAAAUUGUUUUGGGAACUUGUUUAGACUGUUGUAUGCUCCUUAAUAAAACAUAUUUGAAAUGUAAAAACAUA